AUGUCUAAACCAAUGUCACAACAACAACUCGUCAGGUUCCAGGCAGCCUAUCCCUUCCGUGGGGACGCCAGUACCUCCCAGCUGAGCUUCGACGCAGGCGACAUCAUCUGCGUCGACACCGCCAAGCAAUCGGACGGCUGGGUUUGGGGCGCCCACACCGUAGGCAAGAGGAGGGGGUGGUGCCCUCAAUCCUAUCUGGUUUUGCACCAACAACCAGAACCUCCCGUAGCUUAUGCAUUCCCUGUUGCCGACGACCCUGCCGUCUCGGCGUACAAGUGGGACUACAACGCAGAUGACAACAUCAAUGACGGGUUUUCGGGCCCAAUGAUGGGUGGAUCGGCCGGAGAUUCUUGGGCAUCGCAAGAUUCGCCCCCAGAACAGACCAAGCCAGUUUCGAGUGGCUUAUCCGCCUUUGGUUCGGGCAUUCGAAAUGCGGGUAGAAGUGCUGUCCAUGGCGUCGCCGCAGGAACGAAAAAGGCAGGAGAAUUCGCCAAGAGUUCUGCCCAGGAAACCAAAUAUCGGGUGCAGGAGAUGAGGCAACAACAACGCGCUUCUCACCAAAAUCAUCAGCAACCCACAAAAGGCCAGGACAUUGGAAAUCAUGCUGCUCGUGGCGCCGUGGUGCACGGUGCCGCUGGGAUGGUAUUUGGCGGAGUCAAUGGCAUGAAGAGAGGCAUCGCGCGAGGAGGAGUCCUCGGCGGCGCUCAUGGUGCGGUCAAAGGUUGGAGGCCUUUUGGAUAA